GAGCGGGCCAAGCGAGCGCCCUGCGGAGCUUCGCGUCGUUGCUGGAAGCUGCGCUACCCUCGCAGUGUGUCGCAAUUUUCGACGAUCCAUCUUCUCACCUAACCUCGGCGCCUCCGGAUGAAAACGCUAAAAUUAUAAACCUGCGCUAAAAAGGAAGAUCGCACGAUUUAAUGGAAUGGGAAACAAAUCAGCUGCAGUAAAGCGUGAUUACAGUUUAUUUGAUAACUUGCAUGCAUGUCAGUUGACAUUGAAGCUCGGUUCUACGCACCGAUCGAGAAAUUAAUUUAUAGGAUAAUCGAUAGGAUAAUUAAAUAUUUAGCCAAGAACUAGGUGCACAUUUUUUCAUAGCUCAUUUAAAUGGUACUUUAAGUUAGCUUGUUACUAAAGAUGUAAAUCUGGAGAUUGCGUUUACGUGGAAUCACGAUGAAAGGGGCAAACUUCGUUUUAUGCACAAUUUCGGCCAUGAAGAUCGCUAGCGUUUUCUGUUACUGAGAACCGGUAUUGGAAACUGAAGAAAGCAAAACCGACUGGAGCUUUCAAGCGAGAAAUUAAAAUCAGAUAUCCAUUUUAUAAAUGAUCAUUUCUGCGACAAAGCAAAUAGGCUGUAAUCGUUUAACAAAUGAGCUAUAUAUAUUUUCUGUAGGAGAGCAAUUGCAAAAUUAUUAUGCAUUCUUUCGGCUUUGGAGUUGUUGAGUCAGGCACUGAAAAACCUAAAGAAUAUAAUAUAAAGUAAAUAUAAGGGUAGCUAAAGAUCGCGGCAUCCUGGCGCUAUGUAUCCACGGAUUGUGGCAGGGCUGUCAUCCAUGAGUAGUUUAAUAACUGGGAGCAGAAAAGACACUAUUCCCUGACGUAUAAAUAUAUUUUUAAAAAGCUUGGAAAAUUUAACUUUGCUACCUUGCAUACAUAUUUUCAACCUUAUUGAUUCGACCCGCACAAUCCAACACAAUGUCAGCGGUAAUGGUGACCAGGAAGGUAACCCGCAAAUGGGAGAAGCUGCCGGGCAAAAACACUUUCUGCUGCGAUGGACGCGUGAUGAUGGCACGGCAAAAAGGCGUCUUCUAUCUCACCCUGUUCCUCAUCGUUGGGACCUGCGCCCUUUUCUUUGCUUUCGAGUGCCCGUACCUGGCCGUCCACCUCUCUCCUGCUGUCCCCAUGUUUGCGGCCGUGCUCUUCCUCUUCGUGGUGGCCAUGCUGCUGCGGACCAGCUUCAGUGACCCCGGCGUGCUUCCGCGCGCUCUGCCGGAGGAGGCCACCUUCAUCGAGAUGGAGAUCGAAGCAGCCAAUGGCAGUGUCCCGGCGGGACAACGCCCUCCCCCACGCAUCAGAAAUGUCCAGAUCAACAGUCAGAUAGUGAAGCUGAAGUACUGCUACACCUGCAAGAUCUUCCGGCCUCCGCGCGCUUCACACUGCAGCAUCUGCGACAACUGCGUGGAGCGAUUCGACCAUCACUGCCCCUGGGUGGGAAACUGUGUGGGCAAGAGGAACUACCGCUACUUCUACCUGUUCACACUGUCACUCUCACUGCUCACCAUCUACAUCUUCGCCUUUGACAUCGUCCAUGUGGUGAUGCGCUCGGUGGACUCGGGAUUCGUGAGCACCCUGAAGGAAAGCCCCGGAACUGUGGUGGAGGUGGUCGUCUGCUUCUUUACUCUCUGGUCCGUGGUGGGACUGACUGGUUUUCACACGUACCUGAUCUCCCUCAAUCAGACCACCAAUGAGGAUAUCAAAGGCUCGUGGUCGGGGAAGAAUCGUCUGCAGAACCCAUACAGCCACAAGAACAUCAUGAAGAACUGCUGUGAGGUGCUCUGUGGGCCUGCCUACCCCAGCGUGCUGGACAGAAGGGGACUGCUGUUAGAGAAGCCGGGUACUCCCGCCAUCCAAUCGGCAAGCAAGACCAGUGGCCUGGAGCUGCAGAUUGCGAAAGCCAAAGCAGCAGCCUUCUUGCGAAAGCAGAGCUGCGACAAUGCCGACUACAGCAGCCCGUCUUCCACAUGGAGCAGCGCUUCGCUGAAGGAGAGAGUCACCAACGUUAAGGGGAAGAGCUCCAGCGCCAAGGAGAACGGCUCUACCCCUAAAAGCAAGAGCACCGACCACACAGACACCAACUCAAACACCAAGGAGCAAGACCCCACGCCCAAGGAGAAGGCGUCUGCUCUGAAAGAGAGAGUCUCCUGUUCUAAGGAGAAGAGACAGUCCUCGAAGGAGCAGGGCCCCACGCCCAAGGAGAAGGCCUCUGGCCCGCCCCUCGCGUCCCCCGAUGACUUAACAGAUACUUUACUAGAAAAGGAGAGAGUACAGUAGCCAAACCGGACUGGGAAAACCCUUCGCAGUAUUAUCACUAACACAAAACCUAUAUGUAAAAGAAGGACAUGUUUAGCGUUUCUGAGGAAAUAUAUACCUAUCAAUCUAUGAAACUGACCAUAAGCGAACUGAAAGCAAAGCGUCGUUUGAACGUCAUUCCAGCGUGGUGGGACGAAGUGGGAUCCUCAGGGUCCUCUGUGCUCAUCAGGCAUCUCCUCAGAGAAUUGAGGAGGAUCAGGACAGAGGUUUUCUUUGCCUGCAGAAUGAUUGGAGUGCAUUGUUUCUGAGUCCUGUCCAGGAGGCCCAUCUUACUAACGCUAACAGUUCUCUUCAUCCUCAUUUCCGUAAUCGUAAAAAAAAAAAAAAAACUGAUGGACGAAUCGAAACUCUUCUUGGUCUGUCUGUCACAGCCUCUCUCCCAGGCACUUAUGAAUCUUCCAGAACAAAGAAAAGACACAAUCACUUGCAGGCUUGUUUGUUUUUUUCUUUUCUAUCAGCCUCUAUGCAAUUCAGAGAAUUAAUGGCUCAAAAGCAGGAAUGAUGGGUAAUUCCAUGAGAGAGAGAGAGAGAGAGAGAGAGCGCUGGCUGUGGGGUGAACUUGCCAAUAUUAUCAGCCAGGAUUACUGGCUGUAACCGUAAAGCUGCAAAAAAACAUCAACACAGUGUAGAUAUAUGUCCAUCUCUCAUACUCGCCACUGACACUGGUGUUUAUAACCCACCUGUCACAUGAAACUUUUUUAUGGUAACAGCAUUUGCUGGGAAUUGUUGAGCCCUGAGUAUUUUUCACUAUUUCCAAUAGGCGACGGCGUCCUUAUUCCAUGCUUCUGCUUCCAUGCCGUUCACUUCGCUUUUUUUCAGGCAGGCAUCUUGUCACACUCAGACAGAACCAUUUCAGUCGCUUCACAGUGCACCUGGGGGCUCCCGUCAGGCGUGGAGGGGGGUCUUCCACAGCCACCGGCACACCCCUGCUCACGGUGGCUCCGGAGGCGGCCGCGGUGCCGAGCUCGUCCCGGCUGUCCGUAGUGAAUCGUUCGCCUCGUCGCCUCAGACAGUGGAAGGUUGAUAAUUGUGCCUUAUCUCGAAGCUGCACUAUCGCAUGUGACCUCGGCCGUCCACAGACAGGCCCCGCUUAUGUUAAUUCCGGGCACAUGUCAAACAUUCCUGGCAGAACGCCUGCCGUAACACGCGUUUGGAGUAUUAUGGCAUACGUGACAUUUCGUCACUAAGGAGAUGGAAAGCAGAGUCGAAACACUGCAAAAGUCAUUGUUUGGCUUUCAUAUACAUGUACACAUGGAAGCCCCUACUGGGGAGAUGUUCAGAAGACUGUAAAAAUGUACAGAAAAGCGAAAUUAAGCUGGAUGGCAUGCAUCGUCAUUAUUGAAGUGUGUGCAUCCAAACUCCACUCUCGGUCAUGUCGUUUUAAUUCUGUUCUCCAUAGAAAUACAUUAAGGUUAUGAUGCCAACUCAGAAGCUCUGUGCCACUAAUUAUCUAUUGUACAGUAAUGGAGUGAAUGGAGAUCUUUAUUUCAUGUGUAGUUUUGUCCAACAUCUUUUGUUUUUUUUUUUUUUUUUACACAAAAUUGGGUUAUCGUGGUUUGUAGGACAGUGGCAUUAAAUGGUUGGGGGAGAGUUGGGAGUGAUUUAGGAUUUGGAGUUCAUACUAAUGAUGAUGAAGUUCAUUACCCAUUAGAUGUAAGUCAUUGAUAAAGCCAUUCUGGAAGGACAUAAUCACAGUGGAGGAAGCCUUUUCUGCAGGAAGACCUGCAGUGUAAUAAAUUUGGGAGGAAAGCAGUGCUGAGGUCAAGUAAAUUUACUUUGCAGCCUUGUGAUUACUAUUGAUAACAUUAUACAUACUUCCUUAUAUGGACAUUAUACAUACUUCCUUAUAUGGACAUUAUAUGUACUUCCUUAUAUGGACAUUAUACAUACCUUAUAUGGUAUUCAGAAGCUGAAGGAUUCACACAGAAAGCAAACGACCCUGAGGUACGAGGGACUGAGAGGCUGCUGAUUCCUUUGUGCAUAAAAACCUAUUUAAUCAAACUUAUAGAGCAAAUAUUAAAAAUGCUUUACUUUUAUUAUUAAGAGACCUCAAGGAAAUUUCUAGAAAAAAAAGUCAUGUGGAGAUGGAUUAUUGAAUAGAACAUGUAAAAUUAAGGGAUGGAAAAAAAACUGUUGGAAGGGUUAGAUUGGAUUACUGCAACUGCUCGAUCAGAACACUGUACAAAAAGAUUUGAUAGUCUUGUACCCUGUAGUAAACAUAUUUCUCUUGGACCAGAAUAUGGUAGGAGUAUUUAACCAGUUUGUAUUUACAUUCAAAGUCAUACAGAAUACUGCCAGAAUGCGGAACUGGAGGGAGAUGAUUAUUUGUGUGUUUGUUUUUGUUUAUAUUUAUUUAUUACAAUCUCUUGUUAAAAAUGAAAGUCAGGCAAGUGUCAGUAUAUACUUAUGGUUUAAUCAUUAAAAAGCGCUGAGAGAAAAACUUUAGCACACAUUAGCAGCAGUGUGUCAUUUAGGCAUUGUGUAAAUAAUCAUUUGAUUCAUAGAAAAUAUGUGAAUGUACAGAAAGUUAGCCAGACGCCAGUUAAGACUGUAUCAUAUGAGAUUUGGUUGAGAAAAGUCAUGUGUUUAUUGUGAUGAAAAAUUACUUUAAUGUCUGAUUCUGUAUCACAAAAUGAAGUUCAUAGUUUCAUGUGGACAUUGAAUGACAGUGACUAUAAUUGAGUCUUUUCAGGUGUUUAUGGGCUUGUAAAGGGUAAUACUGCUCUUUCUGCUGGAUAAAAUUCUGAAAUUUAACAUAAUCCUUCCCUUUCCCUGACUUUCAGGCAAUGGUAACUGUUGUUAUGAUAAUCCUAACUAUGCCAAAUUUACAUGAUAAUCCCAGGGAUUCUGAAAGCUGCAGGUGCUUCUUUGGUCAGGAUUAGGAAUGGGGUUGGGAGGGGUGGAUGGAGGGGGCUCUUGUGCUCUUGUGCCGAGAAGGACAAUCUUUUGUUCUCUUCAGAUGUUUUAUUCGUUGGCAGGUAGUUUUGCUCAUAGCCAAGCUCAUCUUAUCAUCUUAUCAUUCACUGCUAGGUGUCCACCCAUGACAUCUCUGACAAAGCCUUUAAUGAUGCAGUAGAGUAAUUGUAAUGACUGGUGACACACUGCACUGUUCAGUCACGCAACAAGACCUUUACAUUAUUAUUAGCUAUGUGUGAAUUCAUUAAGAACCAGAGAAGCGUUUUUCCAUGGGCUGUAACUGUGGAUUUUAAAGCAGGUGAUCAUACUUUAAAAAGUGUAAUAUAUAUUAUUAUUAUUAUUAUAGAAAUGGAAAAUUAUUAUUAUAGAAAAGGAACUGCUUUGUAUCACUGGUGAUGGUUAUCUUCGGUCGUACAAUUAGCUCAGGAGAUUUUGAUCCAAGGACAACCAAAAUCUGAAAAUGUUAUCAAUUAUCCGAAGGCUGGCAUGUUAUCAUUGUAGCUCACGUUCGCCUAACAUCUCCAGAGUUGGGGAGGUUUAAGUCAUACCCCUCCCCCCUAGUGGGGGGAGUUUGCAUGUCCUCCUUGUGUCUUGUGAGUUUCUUCCCGCAGAUCAGUUAGGCUGAUUGCUGUCUCUAAGUUGCCUGUAGUGUAUCGAUGUGCCUGCGAUGGACUGGCAUCCCAUCCAGGGUUUACCCCUGCUUUGUGCCCUGCGACAUACUCCAGGCCCAGGAUGAGUGUUUAGAAGAUGGAUGGUUGGGAUUUAUUUCCAAAUGUAACAAUGGGUUAUUAAAACAGAAAAGGCAAGAGAGCGUUUAAAAGCUGACGGAUGUGUGGAAUGUGUGCUCUGAUGUUCUAUAUACAGGUAUCACUGACAGAUUAUGAUCAAUACCUUUGCUUUGUAAUAACACUGUGACUGUAAACAGUAUUUCACUUUUCUUCACUUUUUUUUAAUGAAGGAUCAGCGUGAUCAUUAUACAAACUUCUGUUAACAUUUUUAAUUGUGAGUUAAUUGCCCAGGAAGCUGUAUCUGUGGUUUAGAUGGGCUAUGACUCCUGAAGGAUUAUGGGUCGUGUAAAAGACAUUAAAUAAAAUCAGAGUGAUUUGUGAUUUCAA